AUGGCAAAGUUAGCUCACACCUGUCAACAAGACCGUUCAUCAUCAGCAGCAAGAAGAGCACUUCAUUUUGCUCCACAAAUUGAAUCCAAUGUCAGUGAGUGCGUACAAAAAAGAUUCAUUUAUCCUACCGCCAAGUUAGAUGCCUUUAGAGAUCAGAUUCACAAAGUUGGCGAAGUUGACAAACUUUUCAAGCAGACAUGUUCCCAUUCAUCAAAAUGGUAUGGCCAUUACACAACAACUUGGAAUUUUGGCCCCCCAAAGUACACAUGCCAAUGUUGUGGAACUCUUUUAUGGUAUGAAGAACGAACAACAAAAACAAAACAAACAACAAGAUCGAUAUUCUCAUUUUGUUGUAUGGGAGGAGGUCGUGUACAACUUCCUUUAUUGAGGGAACCACCACCUUAUCUGAAGUAUCUUUUGGGUAAAGAAUCAGGGCAACUAGGUAUUAAUUUUCGAAAAAAUAUUAGAGCUUAUAACUCAAUGUUUGCAUUUACAUCCAUGGGUGGCCGAGUUGAUGGAUCUAUCAAUCACUCAAAGGGGCCAUACGUUUUCAGGANCUACAUGGCAAUCGAGGAAAAAAAUUUUCGUUAUAUUCGGAAUAAUCAACCAAAACUCAGAGCUGAUCUUUACUCUGGCUUAAUGGAUGCCAUUCUUCGUAGUGAUUCAGAUUGUUCUUUGGUAGGAAAAACAGUUAUCUUACCUUCAUCUCACACUGGAGGACCUCGCUAUUGGGCACAAAAUUAUAAAGAUGCAAUGACAAUUUGCAGGUGGGAUGGAUAUCCAGAUUUGUUCCUCAUUUUCACAUGCAAUCCAAAGUGGCCCGAAAUAAAUGAAAUGCUUCGCUUAAUAGAACAAUCUGGUGAUGAUAACAGGGUGGACAUUAUAUGCAGAGUGUUCCAAAUCAAGUUAUUCCAGUUAAUGCAAGAUCUGAAAAAGCAACAACCUUUUGGAAAAAUAAUUGCAUAUCAUAUCAACACAAUGAUAACAACUGAAAUACCCGAUAUGGAAGUAGACCCUGAUGGUUAUAAAGCUGUAAGGAACUACAUGAUGCAUGGACCUUGUGGAAACCUCAAUCCAGGAUGCCCAUGUAUGAAGCAAGGAAAAUGCACCAAGCAUUUUCCAAAGAAGUUCAAUAAUCAAACAACUUUUGAUGCAGAUGGGUUCCCAAUUUAUAGGAGAAGAAACACAGAAUGCUCAGAUACUCCCACAGAACUUGAUGAGAUCAAAAGAUAUCUAGAUUGUAGAUACAUAUCAGCUACAGAAGCUUGCUGGAGGAUCUUUUCGUUUGACAUACAUCAUAGACAGCCAGCAGUUGAGCGUUUGCCAUUCCAUUCACAAGGAGAAAACACCAUAGUAUUCCAAGAAGAAAGGUGUCCUGAAAGCAUACUAAACAGACCCGAUAUAGUAAAAACAAAAUUCACGGAAUGGUUUGAGGCAAAAAAAGAAUAUGAGAAUGCGCGAGAGCUAACAUAUUCAAAUUUUCCUACACGUUGGGUCUGGGAUGCAACAUGCAAAAGAUGGACUAGAAGAAAAAAGGGGAAGUCAGUUGGUAGAAUUUACUUCGCAUAUCCUGCAAGUGGGGAAAGAUUUUACAUGAGAAUGCUACUUAAUUUUGUCAAAGGAAGCACUUUUUUUGAAAGCAUCAAAACAAUUAAUGGAGUCCGGUAUGAUACUUAUAAGGAGGCAUGCUACGCAUUGGGAUUACUGGAGGAUGAUAAAGAAUGGAAUGACUGCUUGGCUGAAGCUGCAUGUUGGGCAUCAGGAAAUGAGUUGAGAAAUCUGUUUGUGACGAUACUAAUUCCCUGUCAAGUGUCUGAUUCGUCCAAACUUUGGAAAUGCAACUAUGAAAUUUUAUCAGAAGAUAUAACAUCAUUACAACGAAAGAGAUUUCAAUUGGAAGAUUUAAAGGUAAAUGAAAAACAACUUGAAUCAUAUACGUUGUUUGAGAUAGAAACCAUACUUCUGAAGAUAGGAAAAAGUUUGAAAGACAUACAUGGAAUGCCACUUCCAGAUUCUACUUUGAUGAAUGACACAGGGAAUCGCCUAAUCAAUGAGGAACUAGAACAUGACAAAGGUUUCUUAAAGGAAGUACAUGAUAAAUCAUUCGCACUUUUAAAUGAUUGUCAAAAGAUAGCUUAUGAAGCAGUAAUAAAAUCAGUUAUUAAUGAAGAAGGACGCUUAUUUUUUAUAAAUGGGCAUGGUGGUACCGGGAAGACAUUUUUAUGGAAUACAAUAAUUUCCAGGCUGAGAUCAGAAUCAAAAAUAGUUCUUCCAGUUGCUACUUCGGGAAUAGCCGCUUUGUAUUACCAAAUGGCAGGACAACACAUUCACGAUUCCAUAUUCCUUUGGACAUUAGUGCAGAAUCAACUUGUGAAAUAA